AUGGUAGUGCCAACGGUUAUGAUGAAGUACUCUUUACUCUCCUCAAUGGCAGAUGAUUCAGAAGCUGAAUAUGAACAACAAGUCUUUGAUUGUAGUAGUCAAGAAGAUGAACCUGAUGAACCAUCUGAUGCUAAUGAUUUUGACUCUGAUUCAAAGACGAUUUCACAAACUAUUGAAGAUAAACAGAAAGAAGCUAAAUGUCGUUAUGAGUUCCUAAACCUUUUUGAUGAGGCUUUUGAAAAGGUGUUUCGUAAACCUAAAUCAACUGUCAAGGACAAUAUAAAUUGCACGGAUAAACAGAAGAAGAAGAACCCAAAAGACGCUUAUGAUGAUGACGGUGAUCCUAUCCACACAUGUAAGGAUUGUGGUGCUAUUUUCUGGUAUGGAGGUAAAGUCGAUCGUUCAGUAAAGAAAGGUCGAGGUCCUUCUAUGUUUGCUCUGCAAGGCGAAAAUUAUCAUCUAAUGGGUUUUUUGAAACCCAAACCUGGCGACUAUCCAAAGUUUCAACAGUUAUAUAUUGUUGAUACUGAAAAUGAAGUAGCAAACCGAAUGAAUAUAAUGAGUAAAGGUAAAGAUGAUGAGAAUCCAUCCGAAAAGAGAAAGUUCAAAGAGGAAAUUGUUGAAAAACUACAGAAGAUCAAAUUUCCAUAUGUGAAUCGUCUCUACACGUGNCGAAUCGUGUCUACACAUGAGAAAGAUGGCACCAAAUAUAACUUGCCUACUGCUUCUGAAGUUGCUGCAUUGAUACCUGGAGAUUUCAAUGACGAAAUGAAUAAGUGUGAUAUAGUGGUUGAGAUGCAAUCUGGUAAGCUGAAAAGAAUUCAUGAGUGUCAUAUAUCUUAUCUUGCUUUGCAAUAUCCUCUUUUAUUCCCACUCGGUGAAGAUGGAUACACAUUGGGUUUAAAAAAGAGGGUUAAAAAAGGAUCAAAGAAGAAGAAGCGAAAGGAUAUAAGUAUGAGGCAGUGGUACGCGUAUAGGCUACACGAGAGGAAAGAUGAGAAACAUAUAUUAUUCCGGUCUAAGCGUUUAUUUCAGCAGUUCUUGGUUGAUACGUAUACUAUGAUUGAGUCUAAUCGUCUCCGGUACCUAAAAAAAAACCAGAAGAAACUAAGAAGUUCAAACAUAGAGGAGGUUCAGCAAGCAGCGGAUGAUGGAGAAACUGAUCUCACAAAUCAUGGUAACAGAGUUGUUAUUCCACCUUCUUUCACCGGUGGACCAAGUUAUAUGAGGCAAAAUUAUUUUGAUGUUAUGUGUACAUGUAAACAUUUCGGGUUCCCAGACCUUUUUAUAACCUUCACUUGCAAUGCGAAGUGGCCAGAAAUCACUAGAUUCGUCAACCAGAGGAAUUUGAAAGCUGAUGAUUGGCCUGACAUCAUUUGCAGGGUUUUUAAGAUGAAACUAGAGAAAUUUAUGGAUGAUCUAACUAAGAAACAUAUUUUGGGAAAAACAGUUUCAGCUAUUAAUCAUAUUGAGUUUCAGAAAAGAGGUCUUCAUCAUGCUCAUAUUAUUGUUUGGAUGGAUAAAAAACAUAAGUUCCCAACAGCCGAUCAUAUCGACAAGAUAAUUUGUGCUGAAAUUCCAGAUAAAGAGAAAGAUCCAGAACUCUAUGAAGUUGUCAAAGAAUGUAUGAUUCAUGGUCCCUGUGGAGGUGCGAAUAUUAACUCUCCGUGUAUGGUUGGAGGAAAAUGUUCAAAGUUCUAUCCUAAGGAGUUUGUUGAUACAACAAACUUAGACAGAGAUGGAUAUCCUAAUUACAGGAGGAGGGAUGAUGGCCAUUUUGUAGAGAAGAAUGGUUUCAAGUGCGACAAUACAUAUGUCGUCCCAUACAACAGAAAACUUUCUCUAAAGUACCGUGCUCACAUUAACGUAGAAUGGUGUAACCAAACUGGAUCUGUCAAGUACUUAUUUAAGUAUGUGCACAAAGGUCAAGAUCGUGUUACUGUGUCUGUUGAGGCCGGUCAAGAAGAGGAUGAAAUAGAGUAUCCUUCAGACGGUGUCAAUAAUAAAGAGACAAAUAAAAAGGAUGAUGUUCAAGAUUUCUUUGACUGCAGAUAUGUUUCUGCAUGUGAAGCUUUCUGGAGGACGAAUCAGUAUCAUAUACACUAUAGAACAACACUUGUCGUCAAACUUACAUUUCAUGAGGAAGGGAAGCAACCUAUUUUCUACAGAGAUGGCGAGAAGCCAAAUACCAUAUUAAAUCGCCCAACUCUUGAUCACGCGAUGUUUACCGCUUGGUUUGAGUUGUGUCUAAGGGAUGAGGAAGCAAGAAAGCUUACAUAUGAACAGAUUCCAAAUAAAUUCAUCUAUGAUAAAGAGGAGAAAGACAAAAAAGGCCCUACCAGUUUCAACAACAUCAAAACUGUCAAAGGUGUUGUUUAUAAAACCUAUAAAGAGGCAUGCUUUGCUCUAGGUUUGCUAGAUGAUGACAAAGAGUAUAUUGAAGGCAUAAAGGAAGCUAAUUUUUGGUGUUCAUCAAAGUUUUGUCAUAGACUUUUUGUGAUAAUGCUUAUAUCUGAAAGUUUAACUUCUCCUAAAACUGUAUGGGAAGAAACAUGGAAAAUCCUAUCAGAAGAUAUUGAGAGAAAAGAAAAACAGAGGAGACAACAUCCAGAACUGGAAAAACAGAAAUUGCUUCUAAGAGAAUUACAGAAGCUAUUGAAAAGAAAUGGGUGUUCAUUGAGAAAAUACGACCUUAUGUCACACAUAUCCCUUGAAGAUGUAACAUUGCCUAAUCAGUUGAUAAUAGAUGAACUCAACUACAACUGUGAGGAUUUAGCAAAGAAACAUAUUGGUUGGAAAAAGAUGCUAACAGAAGAACAAAAGAAGAUCUAUGAUGAGAUAAUGGAAGCUGUUACAAACGACAAAGCAUCUAGUGGUAUUGCAUCACUACUGCUGGAAGGAGGAAGAACAGCUCACUCUAGGUUUGCCCUUCCUUUAAACCCAAAUGAAACUUCUACUUGCAACAUGUUACGGGGCUCAGAACUUGGUGCGUUGGUUAAAGAAACAAAGUUAAUCAUAUGGGAUGAAGCUCCAAUGAUGAGUAAAUACUGCUUUGAGACAUUAGAUAGAAGCUUGAAAGAUAUUAUAAGGAAUAAAGAAGACAAAUUGUUUGGAGGAAAAGUUGUCCUUUUUGGAGGUGAUUUCAGACAAAUUCUUCCAGUAAUUGUUGGCGCAGGAAAGGAAGCGAUUGUCAAUGCAUCAUUAUACUCUUCAUACUUAUGGAAUCAGUGCAAAGUUUUAAAACUGACAAAGAACAUGAGGUUGCUUCAAGACAUUGGUAAACAAGAGGCUAGCGAGAUAGAAGAGUUUUCAAAAUGGAUAUUGGCAGUUGGAGAAGGAAAAAUUAAUGAGCCUAAUGAUGGUGUGUGUGAAAUAGAUAUCCCACAAGAGUUACUUAUUCCAGACGGUUCAUCUCCGUUAGAGUCAAUCAUUGAAGCUGUUUACAGAAAGAACUUUGCCACCCAAAAGGAUCCUAAAUUUUUCCAACAACGAGCUAUUCUUUGCCCUACCAAUGAAGAUGUCAAUUCUAUCAAUGAUGUCAUGUUAUCAAGCCUAAACGGUUAG